UUAUUUAUUCCGACGUGAUUUGUUAGGAAAACCUGCCAUUUUCAUCCGGGGUUUCUGGAAGUUUUUUCCCUUUUGUUUUGUUGUUUUUUUGAAUUCUGCUGGAAAAGAGUUUGAAUUUGUGAAUUUUAUUUUGGGGUUUGGCUUUCUGAAAUUUGUGAAAUCUGCAUCUGUAGUUGGAUUGAUCCAUCAGUAAGGUCUCGUUGCACCUAAAUGUGCUUGAUCCAAGGUCGCUACAAUUCGACAUACAGAGCCAAUGCCAUAUAUAGAAAUGAAGAGCAAGAUUAGUAAGGUUCUUGGUGUCUGUAAGAAACAUAAAGCAACUACAAGAAAUUCAUGCUCUCUGUCCAAAAUAUCAGGGCACAUGGAAAGCAUGACAACAGCUACUCAUACUUGCCACGCCGACGAGAAACAGCAUCUUGUAUCUUCAGGUUUGGAUACUUUUGCUCGGGAUAUUGAAACCAAUGAGCCUGCUGAAAUGCUGGUUGAGGACACUUCUCAGUCUCAGGCGUUUGCAUCUUCCGUUGAUGGCUCUGAAUCUGUCGACAAAAUUGAAAUGGCUUGCAGUUAUAUGUCAAACUCGGAUACGAUAUUUUCACCUGUUUUGAAUGAUGAACUGGAUGGAACAGAUCGAGUGUUCACGGCAGGAAACUCUGUACACUGGGAAAUUCCCAGGUGGGGAGGCGACGAGAGCAGCAACAAGAUUUGCUUUGACAGCCAAACGUGCAACGUUUCUGAUUUCUUUAUUUCUGACGUUCUUAUCGCGAGCUUACCGUUUGAUGAGAGUGGAAACAAUGAUGCUUUCACCGAAAUAAGCCCCUUUCCUCAUUACAUAUUUCCUGAGCAGUACAUGUUACUACCUUACUUGGAAGAUGGAUCAGCCAACACAGAUGAUGUUAAGUCAGAUGUCGAAAACAGGAUUAAUCUCGAUGACCAUGACUUAUUUCUGGCAUUCAACCGGACAAGAUCGCACAAUACAGUACCAGAUCACGCUGAAUCUGAACAAGCAGAAGAUUUUGAUCCUCAGCUUUUUAUAAAGAAUCAGCCGGAACUAUCGGAUGUUGUAUCCAAUUAUUGGCCUAGGGAUACCCUGAGAAAGAAGGCUGUUACUCUUGUCCUUGAUUUGGAUGAAACUUUGGUCCAUUCGACUCUGGAAUCUUGCAAUGUUGCAGAUUUUUCCUUUCGAGUCUUUUUCAACAUGCAAGAGAACACAGUCUACGUGAAACAAAGGCCACACCUAUACAGGUUCUUGGAGAGGGUGGUAGAAUUGUUUCAUGUCGUUAUCUUCACGGCAAGCCACAGCAUCUAUGCCUCUCAACUUCUAGAUAUAUUGGACCCAGAUGGAAAGUUCAUAUCGCAGCGUUUUUAUCGUGACUCAUGCAUUCUUUCGGAGGGAAUCUACACGAAGGAUUUAACUGUUCUGGGUCUUGAUUUGGCCAAAGUGGCUAUAAUUGACAACUGUCCGCAGGUGUACAGGUUGCAAAUAAAUAACGGGAUCCCUAUCAAAAGUUGGUAUGAUGAUCCAACUGAUGAUGGUUUGAUUACUAUACUUCCCUUCUUAGAGACUUUGGCUGUUGCUGAUGAUGUUCGGCCUAUCAUUGGCAGGAGAUUUGGUAACAAGGAAUAAGAGCUUCCUUUUCUUUUCUUCUAUAUACAUCGAGUGCAGAUUAUGAUUUCUUUCCUUUCGAAUUUUAGUCAUAAACUGGCCCUUAAUUUUAGUUCCUCAUAUAUCUUUUUAGGUCGUUAAUUAGGUAACCAAAGAAUAAGCUCGUUGAGUCUAGUGAGAGUAAGUUUUCCUUGCUUGCUCGCUUUUUUUUUUCAGAACUUCUGAAUAGAAGACCUAGUUGUGGGCUUAAAUCUUAUAUUUUUACUGGUUCUUCUCUGCCAAGAUAGAUCCUAGAAAAUCUUGCAGUUUGUUACAAAUGUACAGUUGGUUAAGCCAGAGAUAAUGGAUGUGUACAAAUGAGCUGUUAUUGCGUGAAAUCAUUUUGGAAGCUAACA